AUGCCGGAACUCGUCUUUCCUUCGGGGCAGAAGGCGCCCGAGGGGGGAGUUCGGAACGCGGAACUUUUGGCGUUGCUAAAGCAUCUCCAACAGCGUCAAACGGCCUCUUCCUCUUCGUCUCCCUCCACGUUGAACCAAAAUGAAGGACAAACUCCCGGACCUCACGCCUCCAGUUCCUCCGGCGUCUCCGUGGCGCUGCUUCAGCUUCUCCAGCAACGGCAACAAGUGGAGCAAAAGGAGUUGCUGCUCCGCCUCGCUGAAGGCCAGCAGGUGGGGCGUGCGCGAGCGCCCGCCAGCGCCUCAUCGCGGCCAGGCCGGCCGACUGGGCCCCGCCCCCCGCAGGUCGGUUCUCGCGCCUCUGCCUGCAACCCAGGCGAGUCGCUUGGCAACUCGCGCUCCAGUGUGCCGGCUUCGACUGUCUGUACAGGGGGUAGGCCCGCGACUCCAGACCACUUGCCGCGUGAGGGUCAAGCUCUGAAACAGUUGUUCGCCCAUCUCGUCUCUGGCGGCGCCCAAGCGGCGAGGUUCCGCACAGAGAGGCAGUCUGAUCCACCGGCGAGCGCCCGAGGGCCGGCGGCCUUCCCCGCGCGUCCACCGAGUCCGGUGGGCAGCGACAACUCGGACGAGGCGGCCUUCGUGCGGGGUCUCCGAGAAGGAAGACGCGGCGAACCGCCCUCGGGAGGAUCGCGCGCAGCGCUGGCGCGCCGUCUGCAGUUUGCGUCGGAUUCGGAAGAGGCCAUGGAUGAGCAGGGAGGGCCGAAGCCCGUUCCGCUCCAGUCUGCGCGUUCUCGCGGGCGAGAGCCCUCGCGCGACGGCGGGGCUGCGCGACUCGGGGAUCUGGUCAAGCUCCACAUGCAGCAACAGACCCACGAGCGGAUCCUGCGGCAGCAACUCGCAGCUCUCACGAGCCUGCAUGGCGAGCCGGGAGGGAGCCAAGGCCGGUCUGGGCCGCGUCCCGCGCUCCCCUCGCGAUCCCCUGACCCGGGCGGUGGCGCCGCGAACUCGCAGGCGGCGCUCCUGCAGCAUCACCAAGCGCUCCUGCAGCAACAGAGACAGCAGGUGCACAAGUAUCUGGUGGAGGGCGCGGUGGCCGGGGCGGAGUGCGCCUCGCCUGGACCGCAGCGAGGCGACAGUCCCCAGGGGGUACGCGCUGGAGCGUCGGCUCCGCCUUCGGAUGCCUGCUUCCGGCGACAGGGCGGCGGCGCGUCAGCCUGCGCCAGGGACGGCAGCCAGGGCCGGUUGGGCGGAACUCCAGAUCUUUCGGCCUUCGCUUCGCUCACGCAGCCAGGCCUGCUCGGAGGCUCGGAGCCGUCCGCCGCGUUGCGCGCGCUGCAGCAGCGGCUAGCUGCGGCUGCUGCGGCGGGAGCGGCGGCGGCAGGGGGUUCUUCCGGGCUCGACGGGGACGCCUCCGACCACGAUGCCCAGCUGCUGUCGAAGCUUCAGCAGAGUGUGGCCGUUGCCUCCUACAACCUUCUGCGCCUCUCUUCUCCGAAUUCAGCCGACGCAGCUGCGGCGUUGCGUGGCCUCGGCGAAACGCUGGGCCGCAUUGCGUCGCGAAACGAGGCUCGCGGGGCGAAACCUGCGGCGGACUUCCGCCCCGCGUCUCUGUCCCUGGGUGGCGUCGGGCCAGGCGGGUGUGCUGGGGCGUCGAGACGCAGUGAGACACGAGAUGUGCGCUUCGAGGGUCUCCGCGGGCGGCCGCCAGCCGCAGCGGAGGGCGUGGAGUCGGCUGUCUUCCCGCCGCAGUCUCGCGCGGGUGCGUCGCUCCCGUCCAGUCGCCUGGGCAAGGCCCCGUCCGAACCCGAUAGACCUCCCCCGUUCUCCGUUGCCUCCCCUCGCAGCGCUUCCUGGCAUGCGGCCCACCCCGCUUCGACUCCGAGCCUCGGCGCUUCGUCUGCCGUCUACGCAGACAGCGCCCCAGCCGCGGGUCUGCCUCGGGCGGCGAAGUCUCCGGAAGAGAGCGCAGCCCGCGAGCGCGCAGCGGCGGCGAGAGCUGCGGCAGUGUCGGCGGCUGCGGCGGUCGUCGAGCCGCCGCUGGAUCCGACCCGCGAGCGGGUUCUGAGGAAACAUGUGCAGGCCUUGCGGCCGUACUUUGAGGUGACGUUCUCGUUGCCGGGUUUCUUCGGAGGCUCGCCGCGCGCUCCGGGGAGCAAGACGCCGGAGAGCGGGAGAAAGGGACAUGGGGAGGAAACGGGGAAGGCCGCGCCGCGAGGCCGCGAAGGAGAGAGCUUGCAGGGGACGGAGGCCAGCAGCUGCAGCCAGAAAGAGAAUGCAUGCGCAAAGACGGAGGCAAGCGUCUCAGAGGCGGGGGCCCGCGGCGUUGCCGGGGCGGAGACACGCAGGGAGGACGGUCAGGAGAAGACGCAGCGCCCGAAGCAGAAAGAAGGAAGUGGCGGGAAACAACGCGGAGAGGAAGCCCCGCGCGGCUCGCACGGUGGGACGGUCCAAGACGGAGACGAACAAACGGCCGAGUGCGUGCCCGCGGCGGGUCACGAUCCACCAGGGGCGAGCCCAGGAGCGAAGGAGACGGGCGAACAAGGAAGCACGGGCGACGCUGGGGAAGGGGUCCGUGCGAGGACGGGAAUCUGCCUUGAGCCGCGAGCCUCUCGCGCUUCCGACGGCGAGACGUCGACUGCUUCACACACUCCUGACAUCCUUCCUCCUCCCCUCGUGUCGUCCUUGGAGGACGAGUUGCCUCCGCUCCCCGCUGGUCUAGGCAGAUCUACGGUCGGGCGAAGGAGGUCGAAGGACGGAGAAAUUGCGUCAGCGGCUGUUGACGGGGACUCGGCCGAAGCCGCGACCUCCGAGUCUGCGGCGAGUGCAGGGCCAGGCGAUUCCCCUCACUUGAGCGUUCUUCGGUGGAGAGCGGACGCGUCUUUCCUCUUCUUCGACAUCGUUCAGCAUCUGCGGGAGAGCUGUGACUUGGUUCCCGACCCCGUCGUCUCCCGGCUGCUGUCGAGACACCCACGCAACGUCCCCGGGGCGUCGCACGGAGGAGAAGCCGAGCGGACCUCGGGGCAGGCCUCUUUGCAUAGUGAAGGCGAGAAGGAAGAGACCCAGACUGUGGGUUUAGAUGAGCGGAUCAGUUCCCGAAGACAAGAGAGGGACGAGAGGCGAGCGACGUCCACGCGGGCGUCGCCAGGGGAGCAGGACGCUCGACAAGGCAGAGAGCGAGAGCCUUCCUUGCGGUCGGAAGAAGAGUCGGGCCGCUCUCUCUCUUCGCCCAGGAAGGCGCACGCCGUGGACAAUGGAACGGACCAUCCGAAGGAGAAGGAAAACGAGAGCCGUCAGGCUCAGCUCCCACCGUCACUUCCCCAAGGCUCGCCUUCCACGUCUCCAACAGUCGCCGACGGUCAAGAGGCUGGGCCCAAGGGCGCCUCCGCUCAAAAUGCCGUCUCCGCUGGGAAGGAGAAAGCGGGAUCGCCGGUGCCUCCAGACUCGGACAGUCCUUUGGAAGAGGGCGAACUGCUCUGGGACGGCGGCGCACCCGCGACUGAGCGCUGGUGUAGCGCCCUGAUAGAAGGAUGGUCGGCUGACGCUAGGCAGCUGCCAAGAGACAGGAGCAGCACGGAGGAGGACGAGAAUUCCGAGACCAUGCAGAAAGACUCGGGCCGUGGGCAUCGGUCGUCGAAUAGAGAAGCCAGCGUGCUGGAGACGGAGACACCUGGACAGGCGCCUUAUGCACAAGGAGACCUCGGGGAGGAAGUGGGGGCGGCGGUGGAGAACGACGCGGAGGAAACGACCCGAGAUGCCUGGUGGUGUCUCCAAGCUGACCAGGAGAGACUCGAAGACUUGACCAUGCCCCACGUGGAGAUUCAGCGGCUGCCGCUGGAGUGGCCGCGGAGCCUGGCGGCUGUCUGCAUGAAGGCUCUUCAGCAGCCCGACGCCGAGAAGUCGCACUCGUCGCUGGUGACGGGCGUCUGGGACACUGUCUGGGGCGCGUGUCGGGACUUGUGGGCGAAGCGACCGCGCGUGGGCCUGGAGGCCAGUCGAGAGGCGGCGAGCGAGGCGUCGGAAGCUGCGCGAGGAAAGGAAGAAGAACCUGGCGAUCCGCAGGUUCCCGCGAAUCCCGGCGACGGGGACGAGACGACGACUGCCUCCUUUUCCAUCGCUUCGUGUGGCGCGUGCGAACAGGGACCAGCGAAAGCGGAGCAGAGCGAGGACGCGCAAGAAACCUGCCUGGUGUGCGAGGCGCUGUGGGCGGCUGCAGCCUUCCCCGACGCAGAGGACGCGCCAGCGGAGAGGCGACCGUUUCGCCACUUUGGCGGGUGUCCCACGUACGCGCUUUCUGGCGGUAGCUUUCGACUCCAAACUGGCCUCGAAGUCGCGCCGUCUUCCACGCCCUUCAGGGGCAAGCUUGAGACUGUGGAAAGGACGCCUGAGAGGCGCAGCGUCACCGCGGGCGGAAUGGGGCACAGCGCCGCGCCGAACGGAGACUAUCAAGAGGAGGGAGACUCUGCGUCGAGAGACGCGGACUCCCGCGAAUCUUCCGCGACUGCGGAGGGAGGCGAGGCGGAGGAGAGCCGCCCGGUGGAGACAAAGUUCGAAGACGCGUCCGAAGGCAGUGCAAAGAGCCAGGAGAAGUCGAAGGAGCGGCGCAACGAGAAGCAAAAACUGUUCUGGCUAGCGCAUGCACACCACCCCGUGGCCGUGGACUUGUGGCGCCCUCCGCUCGCGCUGCUGGAGGAGCGCUUUGUGUCGGAGGUGGAGCGCGAAGUGGCCCACUGGCGCGUGCAGGACAUUCGAGAGCGAAGGCGAAGGCGCGACGAAGAGGAGGCGACGGAGAUGAAACAGCUGCGUCUGCGUCUCGAGGCGCUUCAAAGAAGGAAAGCCGCGGGGGACCCGAAGCAAGAGGAACAGGAUCGAGAAGACGGGGAGUCGGCCGCGGACAUCGAGCGCUUGUUCGAGGCCGAAGCGUGGGAAGAGAAGCCUACCGGUGGGAACAAGACUCCCGGACACCCAGACGGAGACGAGCCUGGAGCCGAAGUCGCACCCCGCCGGCCGUCGUCCUCCUCUCUCGCUUCCGCGUCGGCUCCGUCGGCACCUGCGUGUGGGGCAGACGGUUCUGAAAGCUUCGAAGCGGAGGCGGCCACGGCCACACAGACGAACAAAAGUGCCCUUGAGAACAGAAGGGAACACGCAAGGCGACGAUGUGUAGACGCCUGGAACGGCGUUGCCGGGGAGCGAGAGGCUGAGGCAGCGCGGUGGAUAAAACGCCAUCUCGGUUCGCAUGCACUCCGUCGCGCGGCGUGUGGCCUUUCUCCUCUCUUGUCGCCCGUUCACGCGCUUUCUCCCGCUUCUCCCUCGCCGUCUGGGGCAGGAGUCGAGUCUGUGGAGACUGAGGACGUGAGCCUUCCGCAGACGUCGGACUCGCCAGAGACGCCAGGGCGGACUCUCUCGCUUCACUUCCUCGCGGGAACGGAAGAUGGAUGGGCAGUGUUUGCGAGCCCAGCGGAAACGGGCGAGAAAAACGGUGUGCCUGCGCUUGCUGACACGUCGCCUGGGGGUGCGCCGGAAGAACAAACAGAGACGGAAGGGAGCACUGGUGAGAAGGACGUGCAUCCGACUGCGAAGGCAGCAAACGGGAAGACAGUUUUGCUUCGGCGUUUCCCCCUGGCGUCUCUUGGCUUCUUCCACGGGUGUCGCCUGGCCGUUGAGAUGCUGCGGGAAAAGGCGGGCGCGAGAGAGCGGGAAAUGCGAGGCAAAGACCCCGACGGGGAGGAGGAAACGGCUGUUGAACCCGCCCGUCGCCAGAGCGAAGCGUUACGUGAAGAGGAAGAGGAGCUUCGAUGCCUCCUGGCUCAGCAUUCCGCCGCGUCCCCCGGCUGGCGAUGGUGGCGAGAGUUCACCUCGGAGAAAGAAGAAGAGGCCGCCGCGUUGUCUGCUCUGUCGUUGCUCCCGCCGCAAUUCUCGUUGCCGGAGCGGUCGAGCGAAGCGGAGGAGGACGCGCCGGCGCAGAGUGAAGACGAGAAACCUGAGCGCGUUCUCCCCUUCCGCACGACUCGGAGUUCGCGGCUGAUGCAAGAGAAGCUUUCGCAGCUUCACACGUCCCGCGCGCUCUCUGCGGGGGCUUCAGCGCCUGCAACUCCGCAGGCAGAAAACGGGAAGGCAGCCCGAGCAACGGCGGCGGUUCAGCGCGCCGCCGGGGCGCAGGCGCCGCGCGGCAGCGCCGGCUCGGCUGCAGGGGGAAAGAAGAUCCGCAUUUUGGUGGUUGGAUGCGACGACGUGUCCGACGUGACGCAGGACUGCCGACAAUGGCUUCUCCGGCGUCUGCGGCUGUUUGGAGCGAAGCGACAGCGCGCGGCUGUGACCUCUGCGGGGGUCGGGCUUCAAUCGUUUUCCGGCGACGUGGACGGAGAGACAGAAAGGAAAAGACAGAAGCAAGGCGAAGAGACCGCGCGCCGCGACGGAGACGGGCGGCCGCAGGGCGCGCCGGGAGAAGGGGUGCGGUCGCCUGAAGAGCAAGAGGUGGAGAUGAGCACCCGUACGAAUGUGAACGAAGACAGAUCAGCUAGUCCCGAGGAGGCGCGAGAGCACACAGUCCAAGAAAGCCUCGCUGCGCGCCGGCUUCCAGACGGCCCGAGAGGCUGCGCGGGCGGCGAAGCCACGUGGCGAGAGGGCGUGAAGGACGGGAACAAACUGGGGAGAGAGUCACCGAAAGACGAAGAAGAGGGAGCAGACACGCCCGAGCGCGCUGCCGACGGCGCUUCUUCGUCUCAGGCGUCAGGCGCUUCUUCCGGAUGUGCGUCCCGAGGAGGGAAACGGAGGAAGACGGAACUCGCGUCGCAGUUGUCCUCUUUGACUUCUCCCGCGGGGCCCGCCACGCGGCUGUUGCUCGAGCGUCUGUGUGAGUUGCGCGCGCACGCCUCAGGGACAGGGCCUUACAGCGGCAGCGAGAGGCUCCUGCUUCGCUUUCUGCCCGAAGCGUCGUGCUCAGGAUCGCCGUGUGAAGAGAAAUCCGAAGACGGCGGAGAGAAGGAGGGACGCGAGCCGAGCUGCGCCUGGAGCAGUGAAGGCGAAGACGCCAGAGGCUCCAGAGACCGCGGCGACGCGACCACGCAGAGACACACAGCGAACACCUACUCUCUGCGCCACCGUCGCCGCGGAUCGCACUCGCCGGUUCCAAAGGGCCCCCGCCAGAGUCCCUCAAGUUCUUCUCGCCAGCACUCCCGCGCAGCGUAUGCUGCCCAGGAUGCAUGCGCCAGGCAGAUGUCGCCCGACGCGUCUCCGGUGUCGGGCUCUCGCAGCGGGUUCUCUUUUUCUUCGCUAUCCCAUUUGCGAGGUGGGCGUCUCUUUGCUGCUGGAGGCCGCAGCGGCUCCGGCGGCCACACCCAAAGUGCGAAUGGAGACGCUGCCGGUCUGAGGCAUCGGUAG